AUGAUUGGAGAACAAUUAUACUGUCAAGUUCCCAAAAGUGACAAUGCAUGAGGCCACUGUUUAAUAGUCCAUUUUACAGCUGUGUGCUCGGUUGCCAAGUCUUUGUACAGGAAUGAGGCUAAGGGUGACCUUGUUAUGAUACAAACCUUGCUGCUUUUCAAAUGCAAAUUACUUUGGUAUCAUGCAAACUAGAUACUGGUCUCUAUCACAACAAGGUCACCUUCAGCCUCACUCCAAAUCAAAGGCUUGGCAACUAAGUACACAACUGUAAAAUGGCCUAUUCGACUUCUUACCCUGUAUUACAUUUACCACUUUGAAUACCCAGAAAGAUUCAGAAACAUUUAUUUUUAUCUACAACAGUUUGUUUUAGGAGAUCAUAAGCUCCUUUGUGCACCACGGGUCAUAAAUAGCUACCACGAGUCAAUUCAAUCAUAUUUGGUUUUUGCCAACUCA